AUGAACCGGAUGCGCUCUGGACAGAGCGUGCAGCAGCCUGCUGCGGCGGGCACAGCUGGCCCUUCCUUUGUUCCUUGUGCCCUGCGAGAAGCAAAAAAGAGAAAGUCCGGUCUGCCCAUUAUUGAGGGGGCAGCUUCCUUUGUGUGGCGCCCGGCCCCUCCCCAGGGGCUCUGCUUCCUGUCGGGCUGGCGGUUUUGCAUGCAGAAAUGCGUUAGCCUGGUGCCUGGAGUCACACUGGACCUGAUAGAAAAGAUCCCUGGCCGGCUGAAUGACAGGAGGACCCCUUUGGGCGAGCUGAACUGGAUCUUCACAGCCAUCACUGACACCAUCGCAUGGAACGUGCUCCCUCGGGACCUUUUCCAGAAGCUCUUCAGACAGGACCUGCUGGUGGCUAGUCUGUUUCGAAAUUUCCUCCUGGCAGAAAGGGUCAUGAGGUCGUGUAACUGCACCCCGGUCAGCAGCCCCCGCCUGCCCCCCACCUACAUGCAUGCGAUGUGGCAAGCCUGGGACCUCGCUGUGGACAUCUGUCUCUCCCAGCUGCCCACCAUCAUUGAGGAAGGCACUGCAUUUCGGCACAGCCCGUUCUUUGCCGAGCAGCUGACUGCGUUCCAGGUGUGGCUCACGAUGGGCGUGGAGAACAGGAGCCCACCUGAGCAACUUCCCAUCGUGUUACAGGUGCUGUUGAGCCAAGUGCACCGGCUGCGAGCCCUGGACUUGCUGGGGAGGUUCCUGGACCUGGGCCCCUGGGCCGUGAGCCUGGCCUUGUCCGUGGGCAUCUUCCCCUACGUGCUGAAACUGCUGCAGAGCUCGGCCCGGGAGCUGCGGCCACUGCUCGUCUUCAUCUGGGCCAAGAUUCUCGCCGUGGACAGUUCGUGCCAAGCAGACCUGGUGAAGGACAACGGGCACAAGUACUUCCUUUCGGUCUUGGCAGACCCUUACAUGCCAGCAGAACACAGGACCAUGACAGCUUUCAUCCUCGCUGUGAUCGUCAACAACUACAACACGGGCCAGGAAGCCUGCCUCCAGGGAAACUUGAUCGCCAUCUGCCUGGAGCAGCUCAGCGACCCCCACCCCUUGCUGCGCCAGUGGGUGGCCAUCUGCUUAGGGCGCAUCUGGCAGAACUUUGACUCGGCCCGAUGGUGUGGCGUGCGGGACAGCGCCCACGAGAAACUCUGCAGCCUCCUCUCGGACCCCAUACCCGAGGUGCGCUGUGCAGCCGUCUUCGCGCUCGGCACGUUUGUGGGCAACUCCGCAGAGAGGACCGACCACUCCACCACCAUUGACCACAACGUGGCCAUGAUGCUGGCCCAGCUGAUCAACGACGGGAGCCCCGUGGUCCGGAAGGAGCUGGUGGUGGCUCUGAGUCAUCUCGUGGUUCAGUACGAAAGCAAUUUCUGCACCGUGGCCUUGCAGUUCAUGGAGGAGGAGAAGAACUACCCCUUGCCCUCCCCGGCGACCACAGAGGGGGGCAGUUUGACCCCCGUGCGGGACAGCCCCUGCACCCCCCGGCUUCGCUCUGUGAGCUCCUACGGAAAUAUUCGCGCUGUCACCUCAGCCAGAAGCUUGAACAAGUCUUUGCAGAACCUGAGCUUGACGGAAGAAUCCGGCAGCUCGGUGGCAUUCUCCCCCGGGAACCUCAGCACCAGCAGCAGCGCCAGCAGCACCCUGGGCAGCCCCGAGAACGAGGAGUAUAUCCUGUCCUUCGAGACCAUCGACAAGAUGCGCCGUGUCAGCUCCUACUCCGCCCUCAACUCCCUCAUUGGAGUUUCUUUUAAUAGCGUGUACACGCAGAUGUGGCGAGUCCUGCUGCACCUGGCCGCGGACCCCUACCCAGACGUUUCCGACCUGGCCAUGAAAGUGCUCAACAGCAUUGCCUACAAGGCCACCAUGAACGCCCGGCCUCAGCGCAUCCUCUCCACGUCCUCUCUGACCCAGUCGGCGCCCGCCAGCCCCACCAACAAGGGCAUUCACAUCCAGCAGGCGGGAGGGUCCCCACCGACGUCCAGCGCGAGCAGCUCUAGCCUGACCAACGACGUGGCCAAGCAGCCAGUCAGCCGAGACCUGCCUCCGAGCCGGCCGGGCGCCACCGGCCCUGUGGGGGUGCAGUACACGCCCCACUCCCACCAGUUCCCCCGGACACGGAAGAUGUUUGACAAGGGUCCAGACCAGACCACCGACGACCCGGAUGAUGCCACUGGACACAAGAGCUUCAUCUCGGCCACAAUGCAGACCGGCUUCUGCGACUGGAGCGCCCGGUACUUUGCCCAGCCCGUCAUGAAGAUCCCAGAAGAACACGACCUGGAGAGCCAGAUCCGCAAGGAGCGCGAGUGGCGUUUUCUGCGCAACGCACGCGUCAGGAAGCAGGCGCAGCAGCUCAUCCAGAGGGGCAUCACCAGACUGGACGACCAGAUAUUUCUGAAUAGGAACCCCGGCGUCCCCUCCGUAGUCAAGUUCCACCCCUUUACACCGUGCGUGGCCGUCGCUGAUAAAGACAGCAUCUGUUUCUGGGACUGGGAGAAAGGGGAGAAGCUGGAUUACUUCCACAAUGGGAACCCUCGGUACACAAGAGUCACUGCCAUGGAGUAUCUGAACGGCCAGGACUGCUCGCUGCUGCUCACGGCCACAGAUGAUGGCGCCAUCAGGGUCUGGAAGAAUUUCGCCGAUUUGGAAAAGAACCCAGAAAUGGUGACCGCUUGGCAGGGGCUCUCAGACAUGCUGCCAACAACCCGAGGAGCUGGGAUGGUGGUGGACUGGGAGCAGGAGACGGGCCUCCUCAUGAGCUCCGGGGACGUGCGAAUCGUCCGUAUCUGGGACACAGACCGGGAGAUGAAGGUGCAGGACAUCCCCACGGGCGCGGACAGCUGCGUGACAAGCCUGUCCUGUGACUCCCACCGUUCCCUCAUUGUGGCUGGCCUUGGCGACGGCUCCAUCCGCGUCUACGACAGGAGGAUGGCGCUCAGUGAAUGCCGCGUCAUGACCUACCGCGAGCACACCGCCUGGGUAGUGAAGGCCUGCCUGCAGAAGCGCCCUGAGGGCCACAUCGUGAGCGUGAGCGUCAAUGGAGAUGUUCGCUUCUUUGAUCCGCGGAUGCCGGAGUCUGUGAACGUCCUGCAGAUCGUGAAGGGGCUCACGGCCCUUGACAUCCACCCCCAGGCCAACCUGAUCGCAUGUGGCUCCAUGAAUCAGUUCACCGCCAUCUACAGCGGGGACGGCGACCUCAUCAACAACAUCAAGUACUACGACGGCUUCAUGGGCCAGCGGGUCGGCGCCAUCAGCUGCUUGGCCUUCCAUCCACACUGGCCUCACCUGGCCGUGGGCAGCAACGACUACUACAUGUCCGUGUACUCGGUCGAGAAGCGCGUCAGAUAACGGUGCCCGCCCUGCGAGGCCGCCGUGUACAUAGUGGACCUGCCGCCGCCGCCUCACUGGUCCUGACCUGGCUGCUGAGGGCUCGAGCAGGGCCCCGCGUUGUCUGUCUGUCUGUCCACCUUCACCGUUGCACCCAGGAGCCCAGGGAAAGGGGCCCUGGUGGGGUCUUGUUGUGUGACGGUCCCUUCUCUGCUGAGACACAGCUUCCAGGCCGAGGACGCAGUCGUCAUUUGACCCGUACCUUUCCUGUCCUGUUGUUCUUCUGAGAGUGUUAAAGGCGGAACACGCUCGUUACAUUUCCCAAACGAUCCAAGCACUGGCUCCACGAGAGCUCCGAGAAGGAAGCCGGCUUCCCCAGGGCUCAGCCCCCGGGAGGGUCCUGGGCUGCCACCGCCUGGCCAUGCGCCAGCAAGGGGCCGUGUCCUCUGGCAUCUGCCCUCCUGGGGACAGUUCCAAGCAGGCUGGAAGAGGCCAGGGAUUCGAGACCGAGCACGGAGGAGAUGGAGGAACCAGUACCCAGGUCCCCCGCCAACCCACUGGGGCCACUGCAGCCAAACAGCAGGAGGACCCAACCCCACACACGCAGCCUCCUCCGGCACAGAAAUUACCUUGGCUCAAGCUUGGGCCUCUCUUCACAGAUCCGGUAGUAGGAGGGGCCUGUGGCUCUGGACCGCAAGAUAGGUCCUUGGCGCUCUGGCCACUGAGGCCACGGGGCAGGCGUCUGUCCAAGUGCCGCUUUUCCGGCAAACGCAGUGAAGCGCCCAGGCCCGUGUGGUCCACCUGUGCCCGCACACGGGUACACACGUGUCACGCACGUGUGCAGGCCCAGCUGGAGCCGAGUGUCUGGUUAGACGGUGUCCCAUCCCCUCACGCUGGGGCGGCGGGUGACGCAGAAGGGUUCCUCAGCGAGCCCCGUGUCUGCGUGUCGCGUACUCGGCAGGGAACCCCAGGAAGGACCAUGGAGAGUGUGCUGGGCAGGUGCAGACAAACAGCGCUUGGAAAACAAAACAACCACAAUGAUGAUAUUUGAAAAGCGUUUUUUCCAUUUUCCUUGGGAAUCAGGAUUAUUCAGAGAGAGGAGUGAGGUGACUUAACCAGUUCUACCAGUAAGGCCGUUGGUAGUGGGGAUGUGAGAGCUGUGAUGAAGGUCUCAAUCCCCCGCACUGCAGACGACGGUCCUGCCUCAGCGAGGCCGUCGGGCAGGUGGUGCCCAGCCGGGGUGCGCUGGGCCGGAACCUGCUGGGGCAGGACCAGACCGGGCAGGGCAGGAGGUGCCCCUCUGCUGCCCGUGGAACCUGCACGCUCCCUCCCGGAGAGGGUUCUGGGAGCAAGUUCCCACCAGCUCUGGCUGCUUCCACGUUUCUGGGCGAGAGCCUCAUGGGGUCAGGAAGUCCCACCCCCCACAGUGCCCGUUAGCUCUGCGUGGUGCCCAGGCAGUAACCCCAGAACCUUCCAAAAGCUGAGCUCCACCAGACAAAGUCUGACUCAGAGCGGUUCCUCUACAGAGUCUCACGUGUGGUUCCGUUUGUCCUGAGACACAACCAUCACCCGGCCCGGGGCAGCCGCUCCAGAGGACCAGAGGAGGCGUGGCCCCGCGUGGUGUCCGCGGCCGCCCGUGUGGGUCUGCGUCUCCACAGGUCUGAUGCGAAAAUUCAAUCAUGAAGUUCACCAAGGCUCAAGAGCCUGUCCUAAAGGUUCAUUUAUCUCUAUUUAUUUUACCAAAAUGAGAAUUGAAAAGACUUUGACAAAACAUGGAAUUGUAAUGUGAACAUAAGAGCAGUGACAGACAAUAAACUGUUAAUAAAAAUAAGUGCA